AUGGAUCCGUCGGUGGACAGCCUAGAAGCAAGGUGGUGUGCGGUAACCGGCGGACGGGGAUUCAUGGCGAGGCAUAUGGUGCUGGCGCUGCUCCGUUCGGGACGUUGGCGCGUGCGGAUCAUGGACCUCCACGCCGACGCCGCCCUGACACCCGAUGAAGAUGAUGGGCUCCUUGGUGCCGCCCUCCGCGACGGUCGUGCCGUCUACAUCUCCGCCAACGUCUGCGAACUAGCGCAGCUUACGAAAGGUAUUCUUAUCCUGUCAUCCAUGCAUUCCAUGAAGAAGCUAGUCUUGUACACUGCAGCUUUGGAAGGGGUAGAUACUGUUUUCCACACUGCUGCGGCAGAUCCUAACAGCAACAACUUUCCGCUUCAUUACAAGGUCAACGUAGAGGGGACAAAGAAUAUCAUCCAGGCUUGUCAGACAUGUUCUGUUAAAACUCUGAUAUACACGAGUUCAAGUGGAGUUGUAUUUGAUGGAGUUCAUGGCCUCCUAAAUGUAGAUGAAUCGACACCAUAUCCAGAGAAGUUCCACGAAGCAUACACGCAAACAAAGGCAGAAGCAGAACAGCUAGUGAUGAAGGCCAAUGACAUAAAUGAGUUGCGCACUUGUUGUAUACGUCCUGGAACCAUUUUUGGUCCCGGUGACGGGAUGAUACCAACAUUAGUUUCUUACGGAGGAAUGAGGAUUAUUUUGGGUGAUGGAAAAAAUAAUGAUGAUUUCGUAUAUGUGGAGAAUGUGGUGCACGGUCAUGUAUGUGCUGAGAAAACUCUUUCUACCAAAGAGGGUGCAAUGCAAAGUGGAGGCAAAGCUUACUUUAUAACAAAUAUGGAGCCGAUGAAGAUGUGGGACUUCUUAGAUAUGAUAUUAGAAGACCUUGGAUACAAAAGCCAAUUUACUUUAAGAAUACCUGUAUAUCUUCUCAUGCCAAUAGCAUGUCUAGUAGACUGGAGCUAUGACAAGAUAUUCUCUCGCUUUGGAAUGCGUAAACCUCGCCUUAUAACAUCUUCAAUCGUGAAGUAUGCCACGCUGGAUAGAACAUUCAACUGCCAAAAUGCUGCUGAUCAACUUGGUUACAAACCAAUAGUGUCACUCAAGGAGGGACGAAAGAUCACUACAGAAUCCUAUAAGCAGUUCAGGGUGUGAGAUAUGCAAGUAUAUCUUGAAAUUAAAAGGGCACCAAAUUCCACCAACAUCAAUCUUGAG